AUGGUUAAGGCUAGAAAAAUAGCGGUAGUGGGAUUUCGAUCCGUGGGAAAGCUGUCUAUGACAGUGCGUUUCGUUGAAGACCAUUUUGUUGAGUCCUACUACCCAACAAUAGAAAACCAGUUUUCAAAGACCAUCAGUUACAACAAUCAGGAAUAUGCCAUAGAAAUUUUGGAUACCGCUGGCCAGGAUGAGUUCUCCAUAAUGAAUGAAAAACAUUUGAUUGGAAUUCAUGGGUACUUACUUGUGUACCUGGUGACGUCGCGCCAAUCAUUUGAGUUGGUGGACGUGAUACGAGACAAGAUAUUGAACUCGAUCGGGUCUGACCUGAUUCCGAUGGUACUUAUUGGUAAUAAGAGCGAUCUCAGCUUCCAGAGACAAGUUGAGAAAGCAGACGGAGAAGCUUUAGCAAAGAAAUACAAGUGUAAGUUCUUUGAGACUUCUGUGCGAGACAACCUCAACGUGAACAAAUCGUUUGAAACCUUGGUCGAUGAGAUCGAGCGGAUACAGAACCCAGUUGUGGAAAAAGAAGAAAAGUGUAUUGUUAUGUGA